AUGUUCGUAACUGCAUUUAAUCUUCUUUUAGCAGCUCUGAUCGCUGCAUCCCUCCUGGUCCUGCCCUCGAAAGCAACACCCGUCAUGGAUGACACUGUGGACAAACCAAAUACCGACUACAAGGCUCUGUUCAUGGCAUAUCUGGACAUGGGCACUGCCCUAUUUGGAACCUGGGCACCCGAGGGCGCGAUAGAGGAAUUUAUCAGGAAACGGGAAGCUUUCUACGAUGCUUAAAUACGAUCCUGGCCUUUCCAAACGAUUAUUGCAUAACUCCCGCAAGCUUAAAUAAGAGGAGAGACCCACCAUCAUAGAUGGAUGGUGGAGGAGUUAAGGGGUCAGAGAUAACAUUUUAAUUAUGCACGCUUCAGUUUUUGGCCAUAUCAGCCAUCAUUACCAAUGUGUCUGUUAGUGGCCAUUAGACAUUCGCUUGUUAGUUAAGACUAAUACACUAUCGAAAGCACCAUAGACACUCUUCUUAUG